AUGAUAAUUACAACAUGGAUUGUGUACAUUCUCGCCCGGAAAGGUGUAGGGUUCCCCUUCCCACCAAUAACCAGUUCGGACAUCGACGUUGCGGAAAGUGAGGCUAUAUCUGUAGUGCAGCAUUGGUUGAGAAAAACAGAAGAAGAGGCUUCCCAGGACAUAAAGAGGAAGAUGUCCAUCAACUCCCCUUCCCAGGGCUCAAAGGAGAAGACAUCCACCAACGUCCCUCCCACCCAUGGCCAGGACGUACAUGUGACCAGAGACAUGGUGAAGCACCAUCUCUCCAAGUCUGAUCUGCUAGCAGGCCAGAGUCAAGAGGUCCUGGAGGAGAGGACAAGAAUCCAGUUCAUAAGAUGGAGCCUCACGCGGAUCUUCCAAGUGCCAAGUGAGGUGACGAAUGAAGUCAUACAAGAUCGAAUAGAGCAGGUGAGACGAAGUUCCCGGGUAUCGCUGCUGCUGGUCUACUGA